AUGGCACGGGCAAAGCAGAGCAUCCUCGCCAAGCUCCGCUUGCCAGGCAGGCCCAACGUCACCCAGCCCGUGUCCAGGAGGGCCCUGCUGACCGCCCUCGGCAGGAUGCAUGUGCAGCGCAUGGAUCCUGUCUCCCCUGGGAUGCUCCAUGACAGCAGCGUCCCUCAGCUGCAUCCUGGGGUGGGUCUGCAGGAAUACGAGAUCUUGAGCUUUGCCGAGUCAGGGUCUUCCACAUCCCGCAGUGCCCACCUGCAUUUCCGCUUCACCCGGGAGCUGGCUGGGAAUGCUGAGAUCCUGCAAGCCACCCUCUACCUGUUCUGGGCAGAUCCCGGCCCUGGGACGCACCCUGUCACUGUCAGACUCCUGCAGCCAGACCUGACAGGGCUCAACAUGACCAUAGCCCGUGAGACACGGCUGGAAGUGCAGCAGCCUGGCUGGGCCACGCUGGACGUGGGCCAAGCUGUCCAGGGCCUCUUUGGCCAAGGGAGUCAGAGACUCACUGUGGAGCUGGAGGCAGCAGAGGAUUGGGGUUCUCCCCUCCUGGCUGGCCACAAUGAUUCCCACCGGCCAUUUGUGGCAGCCCAAGCCCGGGCCAGGACACCCCACCGGGUGCAGCGGCGCAGCAUUGAUUGCAGCAGGGACUCUAAGAUGUGCUGCCGCCAGGAAUUCUUCGUGGACUUCAAGGAGAUCGGCUGGGAGGACUGGAUCAUCCAGCCGGAGGGCUACCACAUGAACUACUGCGCAGGGCUCUGCCCCCUGCACAUGGCUGGCAUCCCCGGCCUUGCUGCCUCCUUCCACACAGCUGUCCUCAACCUCAUCAAAGCCAACAAUGCGGAUGCGGCCGUGGACUCUUGCUGUGUCCCCACGCAGCGUCGCCCCCUCUCUCUGCUCUACUAUGACCGGGACAGCAACAUCGUCAAGACCAACAUCCCCGACAUGAUUGUUGAUGCCUGUGGUUGUACCUGA